AUGGUGGUUUCAAUGAUUCGAGAUGCUUGUCGUACAUCCAAGAGCUGGAGAAGAGAUGCAUCACGUGAUAUGGACGCUGCUUGGUGGUCAAUUCAUGUGGCCCUCCCGGUGGUCUUCCACAGCAACGCAUCGCCAUGGGCCAGCAGCUUGGUUUCCGCCAGCUCUUUGACAAUCACCAUCCCCGGCUCUAGUUCCCUCCCAAACCCGCAUGUCCUCCCCGCAACCAGCCAUGCCACUCUCACCACUCUCCCCUCUGGUGGGAAAGACCACAUCCUCUCCGCAUCGCUGACCCGCUCGGCAACAUUUGUGUUCCAUGAUCUCCCAUCCUCUGGUCCGGAUGCUCAGCCAGAGUCAUACUUGCUCGAUAUCCGCUCCGCUGGCGACUACGUCUUCGCCCCCUACCGCGUUGAUGUUGCGGCUGAUGGGUCCAUUCUUGGUAUCUGGGAGACUUUCCGCGGGAACCCGUGGGACAACCGUGGCGCGGAGCAAUAUAUUGUGGAUAUUGCUGGCAAGAAGCAGGCCGAUGUGGUUGUCGAGGCUAAACUUCUUGGACGGAAGGUCUUCUAUGAGCAGCGUGCUCAAUUCUCUCCCUUGAGUCUUGUCAAGAACCCAAUGGUCUUACUUGCAGUUGUCGCGCUGGGUCUCAUGUUUGUCAUGCCCAAGCUUAUGGAUAAUAUGGAUCCUGAAAUGCGCGCCGAAUUUGAGCAGCAUUCCCGCUCCUCGCCCAUCACCGGUGCCACUACCAAUGCCAUGACUGGUGGCGGGUUUGAUCUGGCCAGCUGGAUGGCGGGCACGGGUGCCCCUAACCCCACGGCCAACGAUGCGGCUCAGGCUGGUUCAACUGGUAGAGAUACCAAUGGUCCUGCCCGGAGGCGCGGAUAG